AUGACAAUUAGAGGCUUCUUAGACUGGAGAGGAAACCCCAUCAACAGAGAAGUGCAUGGAGGAGUGAGAGCAGCAUGGUUUAUAUAUUUUCUGACAGUUGUAGCAAACAUCGUGAAUGUCCCAAAUAUGCUGAAUAUGGUCACCUAUCUCCAUGGACCAAUGCAUAUGGGAGUGUCAAGAUCUGCAACUACAGUUACUAAUGUCCUUGGUGCCACAUCUGGGUUUGCUUUGAUAGGAGCCUUCCUCUCUGACUCUUAUAUCACUCGCUCAAGAACUAUACUUAUCUUUGGUCCCUUGGAGUUUCUGGGCUACGGACUGCUUGCACUGCAAGCCCACCUUCCUUCACUACAUCCACCUCCUUGCAAUAUUGAAGCAGAACCAAGUAACUGCAAAGAAGUCCAUGGCUGGAAUUCCACCCUGCUGUUUGCCUCCUUGUAUAUCAGUGCAGUUGGUGAUGGUUGUAUGCGUGCUUGCAUGCCAUCCCUUGGAGCAGGCCAGUUCAACCAUGAAAAUCCCGCUGAGUCACGCCAGCAAUCUAGCUUCUUUAAUUGGUACACCUUUGGGAUCUCCUUUGGAGGUUUUAUAGGGCUGAUUCUAGUAGUGUGGCUUCAGAACGACAAAGGGUGGGACAUUGGAUUUGGCUUGUGUGCCAUCCUAAUUCUGCUUGGGCUGCUUGUGGUUGCUGUUGGUCUCCCUUUCUACCGCAACCAAAUACCUGAAGGAAGCCCUCUAACCCGAAUACUGCAGGUUCUUGUGGUCGCAUUCAGAAACAGGAGCCUUGAGCUUCCGGAGAAACUGGAAGAAGCACAAGAAAGCAGUGCUGAGCCAUGCUCUAUUGAAGUACUCCCUGAAACAAAAAGCUUGAAAAUCCUCGACAAAGCCUGCAUCAACCGUGGGAAAGAUGGAGCCUGGUCACUUUGCAGCAGGACGAAGGUGGAGGAGACAAAGAUUGUGCUCCGUGUGCUUCCUCUGUUUAUCAGCUCCAUUAUCGGAUACGUAUCAAACCCUGUCCUCUUCACAUUCACCGUGCAGCAAGGUGGCAUGACAAACACAAGGCUGGGCAAGAUCCAUGUUUCCCCAGCUACACUGUUCAUAAUCCCCACCAUAUUCCAGAUGGUAAUGCUUCCAAUCUAUGACCAAUUCCUGGUGCCAUUCUUACGCAAGCGCACAGGCUAUGUUAGUGGCAUUACUCAUCUGCAGCGCGUCGGCAUAGGCUUCGCCUCCAUCAUACUCGCGUCAGUCAUCGCAGCAGUCGUUGAGAGGAAAAGGAAGGAAGCUGCGGUGCAGAUGUCCCUAUUUUGGCUCACGCCUCAGUUUUUCUUGCUGGGAGUGUCAGACGUGACAUCAUUUCCUGGGCUCCUCGAGUUCUUCAACAGCGAGGCGCCACGAGGCAUGAAGUCGAUCGCGGCAGCCUUGUUCUGGUGUGUCCUAGGGCUCUCGUCAUUGCUAGCCACUUUCCUGGUGCAGAUAGUAAACAGGGCCACGAGGCAUGGGAACCAGGCAGGUGGCUCGAAGCUACAAGCUUGA